UCUGCUGCUGGAGGCUGCGAUGGAGUCAGACAGCCGGGGGGGAGGUGUCGUGGGGGUGUCCAAGGAUUGAAAAAAUGUUCCUCUCCAAAGUAUUCGCUUGCAUAGGAAUCAUGACACUGCAGCUGGUGCGUUGCCAAGGGUGAUGUGCCAUCAGCUGCUGGGAGGCGUUUGUCCUCUCUUCAACCCGUUCAGUCUUUGAAGCUUAUGGGAUAGGUGUGCGCCCCUUCCCAUCCCUGCAACCCAACUGGAGUCAUUUGUGCCAAAGCUGAGCUGCGCCGAGGGAGAAGACAUGGGCAGCCCAGGCUGCGAGGUAGAUGUUUCAGGGCCGGUGGAGCCAGCACCUGAGACUCUGUGUCCAGAGUGUGGCCAGAUCCACCGCAGCUGGGAGAACCACCUUUAUAAUUACCGCCUGGAGGUGGACGACGACCUGGUGUGCCAUAUCUGCCUGCAGCCGCUGGUGAAGCCCCUCGACACACCAUGCGGACACACCUUCUGUGCUCGCUGCUUGCGCAGCUUCCUCCAGGAGAGAGACUUCUGCCCUCUGGACAGGACGCGGCUGCAGCUGCAGGCGUGCCGCAGAUCCAGCAUCCUGGUGCACAAGCUUCUAGACAAGCUGUCCGUGUCCUGCCCUUUGAGUCCUGUCUGCUCUCUCAGUAUGCCACGAUGCGACCUCGAAGCACACCUUAAACACAGGUGUCCUGGGACUCGAUGUCAACAGACGAGCCUGGACGGGCCACGAUGCGAGAGCGGGGACGAGCGAGCGAUGGUGACCAGCCCUCCCAGGUCGCCUCAUUCCCAGCAGACAGACUUGAGGGAACGCACCCCUUCACCGCAGACUGCACCUAAUAACGCCGGCACCAACGGGCCCGUGUGGACAGAAGACGUCGGGCUUGACAACCCUGCCUUUGAAGAGAGCACCGAAGAAGAAAGUGUGGUGGGGUUGGAGUGUGUGGUUCCCAGGGUGAAGCGGCCCCUUAGUAAUCCUUGCAUCCAUCUUCUCCGCUCUGUUAGCUCCACCUCCUCUGGCUGGGACUGCCCUGAAUCCCCACCUCUGUCUGCUGAGGAGGGCUGUGUGAAGCUGCCCUCCCUCCCUGAAGGAGAGAUAACUGCCAUAGAGGUCCACCGGGCGAACCCGUACGUUGAGCUGGGAAUCAGCAUUGUUGGUGGAAAUGAGACGCCUCUCAUCAACGUUGUGAUCCAGGAGGUGUAUCGAGAUGGGGUAAUCGCUCGAGAUGGGAGGCUGCUGGCUGGAGAUCAGAUACUGCAGGUGAACAAUGUGGAUAUUAGCAACGUGCCGCACAGUUUUGCUCGCUCCACAUUGGCUCGGCCCUGCACCACCCUUCAUCUAACUGUGCUUAGGGAACGUCGCUGCGCCUCUCGGGCUCCUCCUUCCUCUUCCUCCUCCACCCCAGCUGUGCCCCAUGCACCCUGCUCCACCCCCGAGGGCACCCCUGCCAGCCCCGCCACCCUGAGAAUCACUCUACACAAGCGAGACUCCACAGAGCAGCUCGGCAUCAAGCUGGUGAGGCGAACGGAUGAGGCGGGGGUGUUUGUGUUGGAUCUCUUAGAGGGAGGACUGGCAGCGAAGGACGGCAGACUGCGGAGCAACGACCGCGUGUUGGCAGUCAACGAACAGGACCUACGCCACGGCACCCCCGAGCAGGCUGCUCAGAUCAUACAGGCCAGCGGAGAGCGAGUCCACCUGAUGAUUGGUCGACCGAGCAAACCAACUCCACCCCCACCGCCUAAAUCAAGCUCCACCAGAGACCUCUACUGCCUUGAUCAUUUCCUGCCUAAUCACAGCUCUACUCCGAGCCCUGUGCCCACACACCUGUCCCGGACCAGCACCCACAGAGACCUGUCCCAAUGUGUGACUUGUAAGGAGAAACACAUCACUGUAAAGAAGGAACCCCACGAGUCUCUGGGGAUGACCGUGGCAGGAGGGCGGGGCAGUAAGAGCGGGGAGCUGCCAAUCUUUGUGACGAGUGUCCAACCGCACGGCUGCUUGUCGAGGGACGGGCGAAUCAAAAGAGGUGAUGUCCUGCUGAGCAUCAACGGCCAGGACCUGACGUACCUGAGCCACGGCGAGGCCGUGGGCACCUUGAAGGCCAGCGCUGCUUCGCCCUCGGUCCAGCUGCGAGUGCUGGAGGUGAGCAUGGUGGAGGAGCACGAGCCCGACGAGCUGAUGCCUCACACUCACGACAGCGACUUCGAUGCCAACUGGUCCCCAUCGUGGGUCACGUGGCUGGGCCUGCCCAGCUACCUGCACAGUAGCCAUGAGAUUGUGCUGCGAAGGAGCCACCCAGGCAGCUGGGGCUUCAGCAUCGUUGGGGGAUAUGAGGAAACUCACGGCAACCAGGCCUUCUUUAUCAAGACCAUCGUCCUCGGCACGCCUGCAUACUAUGACGGCCGCCUCAAGUGUGGGGACAUGAUAGUGGCAGUAAACGGACUGUCGACGGCAGGAAUGAGCCACUCGGCUCUGGUGCCCAUGUUGAAAGAACAGCGCAGCCGUGUGGCACUCACGGUGGUCUCUUGGCCUGGUAGCCUCAUAUAAGGAUGAAAAAUCAGCCGGCUGUGCUCUCCAAGUCCACCCAGAGGGUUCUAUAUUAGGAACAACCUUGGCCAAAGUGAACUAGUACAUAAGUGUACAUUGCUCCAUACCAGGCUUAAUCCAGGACCAAAAGCAUUCAGAAAUGUGGUAGCCUCAGAAGGACCAGGCAGGAACCGAUCCAGAUUGUGCCACGUCACUCGACAGACUGCUCUCAACUACACUGCUGUGUUCAUAUGGUCAUGUAUUCACUCCUGCAGGGAUGACAUAGAAACUGCUGAACAGGUGAUCUUGUUACAGUCACCUCACCAGGCAGUUGCAGAAUCCAAGGCUGUAUUCAGGUGGAGGCAUCGCAGGUACACAUUUUUAAAAAAGUGGUCUGUCACCCAGGAUCAUGACCACAAAUCACUGAGAUGUCCUGCUACACCAGCGCUGUAUCCAUCUGAAUAAGCCUCAGGCCUUAUUAGAAACCUGCCACAGCCUGGGGGGCUCAGCUGCCCUCAGGCCCCCCAUCUCCAUGACAACCAGCUGUCCCAUCAGCUGGUGUUU